GGGAAAAUCUAAAGCAGUAUGAGGCAACCCAACUAGUAACCGCCCGAUCCCGGGCCGAUGCAAACGCGCGUGAACCGGGUUACGAAUCUAUUUUUACCGUAAAAAACGCACAGAAAAUACCGCGGUAAAAAAACAUACGGCUUACUGUUAUAAUCAUGAAUAAAAUUGUAGCGAGAAACAUGUGAAUGGUCAUUAUUUAUUCGUAUAUUUCUUGAUUUGUAGUUUGGAAAUUGGACGCGAGCAUUUAGGGAGAAAGGGACUCGUUCUAUGACAAUUUUCUCUGAAAUAAUUUCAUUUUGUAGAUUUACUAGUGUUUUUUUUCCUAAAUUAUAGUGUCUCGCUUAUGUGGUUGCGUGAUCAAAAAAACUAAAAUCCUGCCCUCCAUCCAUCCAUCGCUCAAAUCUCAACUGUCAAACUUCCCGCCAAAAUGAUCUGUCAAAAGGACCAUAGCUAAAAAAAGUGAAGUGCUACGUUCGGAAACUAAACGCUGGCAUACAGAUAGCAUUUGGCAAUUAGAUAAAAUAGUGUUCAAAAAUGAUUUUUAGAGAAUUAUAACUUUGGAAUUGGGUUAGGGGUAUAAUCCAAGAUGGCGACUCCGCCGGAAUCUCCCGUUGAGGAGCAUGCGUAUGAGUUGGAGCCUAGUCGGACGCCGAAACCGAUUCCAGUGGCUUUGGAAGAACUUUGCCGCCAAACGAAGUUUUCUAAACAAGAGAUCCGUGUCAUGUACAGAGGUUUUAAAACGGAGUGUCCUGAAGGAGUGGUUCAAGAGGAAUCCUUCAAGGAUAUUUACGCGAAGUUUUUCCCACAUGGAAAUUCAGCGCUGUACGCCCAUUAUGUGUUCAAAGCUUUUGAUGUCAACUGCAGCGGCGCCAUCAGUUUCAGAGAGCUCCUAGUAACAUUAUCCACAUUACUCCGAGGGUCAGUCUACGAGCGUCUCCGCUGGGCGUUCCGUCUGUACGACGUGGAUGGUGACGGGGCUAUAACCAGGCAGGAGUUGGCUGAGGUGGUCGUGGCUGUCCACGAGCUGUUAGGCCGGAGGGCCCCGCCGGGGUCGCCGGCUGCGAGGCUUGAUGAUGCUAAGGCUAAUGAGCAGGUAGACCGCGUAUUCAGGAAGCUAGACCUGAACCAGGACGGAGUGAUCACCAUCGAGGAGUUCCUGGAGUCGUGCCUCAAAGAUGACGUCAUCACCAGAUCACUGCAAAUGUUCGACACAGGACUAUGACGGCAAACUGAUGCGGCGCUCACGCCAACCCCC